GGGUCCACAAUUCCCUCCUAUAUAAGCCGAAACACCUAACUCAAUACGCCCCUCCCUAUUGACCACUGCCUCUCUCUCUCUCUCUCUCUCAAAAAGUUUCCCUCAUAGCCAUGUCUGACGUUGAGUCCACCACAGCAGCGGAGAACCCUAUCCUCCGCCGCCGCAAUUCCGUUAUACUUCCUAAAAAGCUCACCUUACAGCAUCAAACAUCAGCUUCAACCACCAUCACUACCACCGCCACGUCAUCUUCGUCGGCUUCGUCAUCGUUGACGAACUCGGCGAGCGAUGAUUUUGAGCUGUUCUCUAUUAAGCCUGUAUCCUACACUUCUCUGAGGGAUAUCCUGCCACCUUCCGCCGUCAAUUCUCCCAGGCCUAUGACUUCGCCUCACCAAGCCCAAUCCGGUUCCGAGAUUUCAAUCCGGAAUCGUCUCGUUAAGCAAGCCGCUUGGGCUUAUCUCCAGCCGAUGUCGACUUCACAGGAUUCCUCCGGCCGGAGCUUAUUCGGCCGCCUCUUCUUCUUCCCUGUCAAUAAUCCUGUCGCCGGAAUUCUUGACUGCAUUGAUCGGUACAUUUUUGCUCCCUUGACUAAAGCUGUUGAUUGGCUUCUUCGUGCUGUUCGGGUUCGGAGCUCCAGAUAACGACAAAAACAACGGGUUGUUAGGGUGACCCGACCCGAUAUACAGUAUAUAUUCUUCCGUUUUGGAUUUGUCACCUUCUAGUUUGAAAAUUGGGGUCAUAAAUGUACAACGCCUUUCAUUUUCUCAUGUAAUUCCAGAAAAACCGAAAAAAAAAUACAAAACAAAUGGAGCAGGAAAAACGUUCAAUAAAAAAUAUUUAAAAUCUGAGUUUACUUUUUAUUUUUAUUUUGUUGGCUUAUUUACAAUGUACAAUUUUCUUACUA